AGCUGCUGGCAAUAUAUAUGUCAUAGACGCCAGCAACGCCUCAGCCAUGCGCAGCACAAACACCACUGGCAACAACAAUAGCCAACAUAAUAAUAAUAGCAACAGCAGCUUUAACAACAACAACAACAACAACAACAGCGACCGAUGAUUGCCUGAAGCGAACAAAAAUCCAUCAGAAAGCGACAGAAAGCCUGCUUAGGCGAGAGAAGUUCAGAAGAAUUCAAACCCGCCGUAAUACACCAAAGACGCUGACCAAAAAGCAUAAAAACCUAAAUAAAUAAAAACAAAUUAUAUAGGCCACAAAAAUAUAUAUAACCUGCAAACAUGUUGAUCAAAGAGUACCGUAUACCACUGCCCCUCACCGUCGAGGAGUACCGGAUUGCCCAGCUGUAUAUGAUAGCGAAAAAGAGCCGAGAGGAAAGCCAUGGCGAAGGCAGCGGAGUUGAAAUCAUAAUCAAUGAGCCCUACAAAGAUGGACCCGGAGGCAAUGGGCAGUACACGAAAAAGAUUUAUCACGUGGGCAGUCACUUGCCGGGCUGGAUAAAAAGCUUAUUACCAAAGAGCGCGUUGACCGUUGAGGAGGAGGCAUGGAAUGCCUAUCCGUAUACGCGCACACGCUACACCUGUCCCUUUGUGGAGAAAUUCUCACUGGAUAUCGAGACCUAUUACCAUCCGGACAAUGGGUACCAGGAUAAUGUAUUCCAGCUAUCGGGUAGCGAUCUGCGCAAUCGCGUUGUGGAUGUGAUUGAUAUUGUCAAGGAUCAGCUGUGGGGCGGCGAUUACGUGAAGGAGGAAGAUCCCAAGUAUUUUGUAUCAGAGAAGACGGGCCGUGGCCCGCUGGGCGAUGAUUGGCUGGAGGAGUACUGGCGCGAGGUGAAGGGCAAGAAGCAGCCGACGUCCCGCAACAUGUCCCUGAUGACGGCCUAUAAGAUCUGUCGCGUCGAAUUCCGCUAUUGGGGCAUGCAGACCAAGCUGGAGAAGUUCAUACACGAUGUGGCGCUGCGGAAGACAAUGCUCCGGGCCCAUCGCCAGGCCUGGGCGUGGCAAGACGAAUGGCACGGCCUCACCAUUGAGGACAUACGCGAGCUGGAGCGCCAGACGCAGCUGGCUCUAGCUAAGAAAAUGGGCGGAGGGGAGGAGUGCAGCGAUGACAGCACCUCGGAGCCAUAUAUGAGCAGCGCCACCGCAGCCCCCGCAUCGGGCACGAGUGAGCGCAAAAAAUCAGCGCCGGCUGUGCCGCCCAUUGUCACCCAGCAGCCGCCGAGCGCCGAGGCCAGUUCGGAUGAAGACGAUGAGGACGACGAUGACGAGGAUGAGGAUGGCGUCGGCACCAAUGUGGAGCUGGGUGCCCAAACCAGUGCCAAUCAACGUUCCCGCUCCCAAAGCAUUCAAUUGGCCAACAAGGCCAAGUUCGGCUCGAAGGGCGCCCUGCAUUCGCCCGUGGGAUCUGCGCACAGCUUUGACCUGCAGUCGAAAAAAGCGCAUGCCAAGCCAGCAGUACGCCGUCAUGUGGCCAACUGGCGCAUGGAACGUCUGGAAGUGGACUCCAAAUCGAACUCGGAUGAAGAGUUCUUCGAUUGCUUGGACACAAAUGAGACCAACUCGCUGGCCAAGUGGAGCUCACUGGAGCUGUUGGGCGAGGGCGACGACAGUCCGCCACCGCAUGGCGGCAGCUCCAGUGGCAGCGGUGGUGCUGGCAGCGUGGCCGGGCGCCACAAGCAGGAUGACAGCAUAUUCAAUCAGGACUUUCUGAUGCGCGUCGCAUCGGAGCGUGGCAAUAAGCGCCAGCUGCGCUCCUCGGCCAGCAUCGAUCGCAGUCACGACUCAUCGCCGCCGGGCUCGCCGAGCACGCCCUCUUGCCCCACAACCAUACUGAUGCUGGUGGUGCACGCCGGCAGUGUUUUGGAUGCGGCCAGUGAGCUGACCGCCAAGAAGUCGGACGUGACCACCUUCAAGGGCUCCUUCGAGGCCGUCAUGCGCCAGCACUAUCCCAGCCUCUUGACGCACUUGACCAUUAAGAUGGUGCCAUGCCCUUCGAUUUGCACGGAUGCCCUGGGCAUACUGUCGAGCCUCAGUCCGUACUCGUUUGACGCGUCGCCCUCGGCCGCGGACAUACCCAAUAUAGCGGAUGUGCCCAUCGGAGCCAUACCGCUGCUGGCCGUGGCCUCGCCCGAAUUCCAGGAGACGGUGAACAAGACGGUGGCCGCUGCCAAUAUUGUCUAUCAUGAGUUCCUUAAGUCGGAGGAGGGCCACGGCUUCUCGGGCCAGGUGGUCAUGCUGGGCGACUCCAUGGGCUCGCUGCUGGCCUAUGAGGCACUCUGUCGCUCCAACGGCAGCCAGCCGAAUGCCGGCAAUCCGUCGCAGGCCGCCGGCCACAGCCAAGCCGGCGGCGCUGGCGCUGGCGAUUGUAGUCGCAUGUCGCGCAUGGAUGACGAUGAGCGCUUCAUUGACUCCGACUUGGAUGCGAAACGUUUGCUGGUGGCACCAUCGCCGCGACGUCGUCGCUCCAGCUCCUCCAGCGAUUCGCGUGCCACCAAGCUGGACUUUGAGGUCAGCGACUUUUUUAUGUUCGGCUCACCGCUGUCGGUGGUCCUGGCCGCACGGAAGCUGCACGACUCAAAGACCGCCCUGGCCCGCCCCAAUUGCCAUCAGGUGUACAAUCUGUUCCAUCCAACCGACCCGAUUGCCUCACGCUUGGAGCCCCUGCUGAGUGCACGCUUCUCCAUUUUGUCGCCGGUGAAUGUGCCGCGCUAUGCUAAAUAUCCGCUGGGCAAUGGACAGCCGUUGCAUUUAUUGGAGGUAAUACAAUCGCAUCCGCAGCACUUUAACGACGGCAAUAAUUUGCUCUCUGCGGGCCGACGACUCUCCGAUGCAUCCAUGCAGAGCACCAUCUCGGGCCUCAUUGAGAAUGUCUCGCUCAGCACCAUACACUCGCUUCAGAACAAAUGGUGGGGCACAAAGCGUUUGGAUUACGCUCUUUAUUGUCCCGAGGGGCUGAGCAAUUUCCCGGCACAUGCCCUGCCGCAUCUAUUCCAUGCCAGCUAUUGGGAGAGUCCCGAUGUGAUUGCCUUCAUAUUGCGGCAAAUUGGCAAAUUCGAGGGCAUACCGUUUGUGGGCUCCCACGAUGACAAGGACAACGCUUCGUUCCAUCCGGGGCAGCCGCGUGAGAAGUGGAUCAAGAAGCGCACGUCCGUCAAGCUCAAGAAUGUGGCGGCCAAUCAUCGGGCCAACGAUGUCAUCGUGCAGGAGGGACGGGAGCAGCGAUUGAAUGCACGAUUCAUGUACGGACCGCUGGACAUGAUCACGCUGCACGGCGAGAAGGUGGACGUGCACAUUAUGAAGGACCCGCCGGCGGGCGAAUGGACAUUCCUCAGCACCGAAGUGACCGAUAAAAAUGGCCGCAUCUCGUACACCAUUCCCGACCAUUUGUCUCUCGGCUAUGGCAUCUAUCCGGUCAAGAUGGUGGUGCGCGGCGAUCACACGUCUGUGGACUGCUAUAUGGCUGUGGUGCCGCCGUUGACCGAGUGUGUUGUGUUUAGCAUUGACGGCUCCUUCACGGCAUCCAUGUCGGUGACUGGGCGUGAUCCGAAGGUGCGCGCUGGCGCCGUCGAUGUCUGCCGCCAUUGGCAGGAGCUGGGCUAUCUGCUAAUCUACAUUACCGGACGGCCGGACAUGCAGCAGCAGCGCGUCGUCUCCUGGCUCAGCCAGCACAAUUUUCCCCACGGCCUGAUUUCGUUCGCCGAUGGCCUAUCCACCGAUCCGUUGGGCCACAAGACCGCCUAUCUCAAUAAUCUCGUGCAGAACCAUGGAAUCUCAAUUACCGCCGCUUACGGCAGCAGCAAGGAUAUUAGCGUGUACACCAAUGUGGGCAUGCGGCCGGAACAGAUCUUCAUUGUGGGCAAGGUGGGCAAGAAACUGCAAUCGAAUGCCACGGUGCUCAGCGAGGGCUAUGCCGCCCACUUGGCUGGCCUGCAGGCCGUCGGUGGCUCCCGUCCGGCUAAGGGCAAUGCGCGUAUGGUCAUUCCGCGCGGCUGCUUCAAUCUGCCGGGACAGUCGGCAAAUCCGCGACGCAGAAGCAAUGAGACGGGCCUAUCAUCGCCGAUACGCAGCGGCUAUCUUAAACGCAAAACCUACCUGAGCCAUCACUAGAUCGAUCCCAGCAGAGGAGCAACCUAACAGAGAGCGUCAUAAUAGACAAGCGAUAGAGAGAGAUAGCGAGAGCGUGAGCUUAGAGACAAAUGUGUGCGUGAUGAGUAAUGCAUUUUAGUUUAUAGCAUAUCGAUGUGCAAAACUAUCGAUUAAUAUAACGCAACCAGCAACUCCCACAAAUACAAGCCAUGCAACUAGCAAUCAACUAUAUUUAUAAUAAUAAAUAAACCAGCAUAUACCUAUCAAACAAAACGCUUCGUACAUGUUUAGAUGACAUCUAAACAUACUAUUGGAUCAGCAUUAGUUGCAGUUUAACAACAACAACAACAAUAGCAACAACAACAUCUCAGCAUCUGCAACAUCUGUGUAUAUACAUAAAGCCCGUUAUAUUAUGCGCAAUAUAUAGCCAACUACAUAGUAUAUGGUGUAUA